UAAUGGAUUUAUUGGAACUGGAAGUAAGCGAUGUACGAAUUGUUGGAAUCCAUGGGAGAGAUGGCAUUGGAAAGACUGCUCUUGCCAAGAUCAUAUAUGAUAAAAUAUCCCUUCGCUUUGACGCUUGCAGUUUUCUUGCUGAGAUUGAAGAAACAACACGGCAACCUGGAGGUGUUCACUAUCUUCAAACCAAGUUGAUCUAUAAUAUUUUAAAAAGAGAGCAUGAGGUUGCUUCUGCUUUCGAAGGAGUACAAUUUUUCAAAGAGAUAUUUAGGAGUAUGAAAGUUCUUAUUGUUAUUGAUGAUGUGGAGAAGGCAUCCCUCCUCAAGGAGUUUGUAGGAGCUGAGCUUGAUUGGUUUGGCUGUGGAAGUAGAGUAAUUGUCACCUCAAAAGAAAGCAGAGUUCUUCAAGGGUUUGUUGCUCGAGGGUUGGCUCAUACUUACAAUGUUAAUCUGAUGGAUGGUAAUCGAGCUUUCAACUUUUUCUGGCAGUAUGCUGCAACUGGAAAGAGCGAUGAACUACGAUCUUAUGUUAAUAUUGCAAUUGAAAUAGUGAAGGCUGCGAUGGGACUUCCACUACUUGUCAAAGUUUUUGGUUCUUUUUUGCAAUAUAAAGGACUGGAAGAAUGGAUUAAAUUCAAAGAUCUCAUGCAACAAUUUCAGGAAGAUUACCAGAAGAUUCUGAGUAUAAUUUAUGAUACUUUAGGUAAAGGUCUAAAGCUGAUGUAUCUUAAUCUUGCAAGUUUUCCCCCGGAUGUGGAUUGUCGGAUUGCCUCACUCGUGUGGUGUCAGCUUCCUCGUCCUCCUCGUCCUUCUCAUCCUCAUCUUCCUCAUCCGAUCAUUCAGCCUCAUCAUUUUAAUCAUCCUGUCAGUGUCCUUUGUCAAAUGUCCCUAAUAGAAAUCGACGAGAAUAAGUUAGGCAUGCACAGCAUGCUGAGGUGCCUUGCCAGGGAGAUUGUCCACGAACGUUUCCACGAUCCAGGAACAGGUGCUGAAUUGUACGGUCCUGCCAUAGCCCAGGACAGGAAGAAGGGGAAAAGGAAAAGAGACCACCUGGAAACUAAAGAGGCAGGCUGUGAGAUCCUGCCGAGCACGACUUUUCUCAGCUUGGGUCGUGCCAAUAUUGGUAGACAAUUUGCAGGUGCCUUGUUGAACGUUCGGUGGCUUCAGUGGCAAGGGUGCCCUCAAGAUGCGAUCAGCAUGCAUUUAGAGAAAAAUGAGAACCUAGUCAUUCUUGAUCUUUCCUGGAGUAAGGUUACAGAGUCCUGGGGAGGUUGGAAUAGAAUAAAGAUGGAGUGUUUGAAAGUCUUGAAUCUUAAAGGUUGUACGGACCUAUUAGUUACCCCCAGCUUCUCUUGUUGCCCAAAUUUGGAGAUACUGAUCCUUAAGCGAUGUUCUCGAUUGGUUCAUUUAGAUUCUUCAAUUAAUGAUUUGAAGUCCUUGGUUACCUUGAAUUUGAAGUUUUGCUCUGAACUUAGCAUGUUGCCAGUGAAAAUGGAUGGGCUGAAUGCUUUGGAAGAGCUCCUGAUUGAUGGCACUUCUGUACGAGAACUUCCUACAUCGAUAGGCAAAUUGGUUCGACUGCAAAUUCUUAGUGCCACUAAUUGCUUGUCAUUGGUUCGUUUUCCUGGUUCAUUUUGUGAACUUAAAGCUCUUUCAGAGCUAGCCUUGGAUAACGCGAAAAUUCUUGAACUCCCCGAGUCAAUAGGAGACUUGGGAUAUCUUAGACGCUUGUCUUUGAAGGACUGUCGUGGGCUUGGAAAGCUUCCGGAAUCCAUUGGCAAAUUGGGGCACUCAUUAGAAAAGUUGGAUAUUUCAGGUACGGGUGUUUCGAGUUUGCCCGAUUCAACUAAAAACCUGCGGAGAUUGAAAGUGUUGAAAAUGGAUUCUUGUUUCAUAAGAGAAUUUCCUUAUAUUGGAAAGUUGAUUUCCCUGGAAGAAAGAACUGAGGCUUCGAGGUACUCGUAUAUCGAGCCUUCCAUCAGAAAUACAGUUCUUGCCAAGACUUCAGACUCUGGAUUUGCUACACUGCAACUUUCUCAAAGAGUUGCCUACGCUUCCCCGUAA